AUGGUUGAUUAUUUGUUGUUUGAAGAGGCCGCGGGUUAUGCUCUGUUCAAGGUUGUUCUUCAGCCCGAAGAUAUUGGAGCCCGUUUGAAGGAGGUCCAGCAGGCUGCCAGUGAUUUGGGCAAGUUCAGCAAGCUUGUUCAGGUGGUUUCGUUUGUUCCUUUCAAGGGAGCAGCCCAUGCUUUGGAGAAUGCUAACGAUAUUUCCGAGGGUAUUGUCAAUGACUAUUUGAAGGCUCUUUUAGAGCAGAAUCUUCCUAAGCCCUCGAAGAAGAACAAGAUUGUUCUGGGUAUUUCUGAUAAGAACUUGGGUCAAAGUAUCAAGGAUGCUAUUCCUGGUAUCGAGUGUGAAUCCAGUGAGGUGGUUCAUGAUUUGUUGCGUGGAUUAAGAUUCCAUGGUCCCAAGCUUCUCAAGGAGCUUGAAGAUGGCGAUUUAGAGAGAGCUCAGCUUGGUUUGGGUCACGCUUACUCUCGUGGUAAGGUCAAGUUUUCGGUCAACAAGAACGAUAACCACAUCAUUCAAGCCAUUGCUUUGUUAGAUCAACUGGAUAAGGAUAUUAACACAUUCUCCAUGAGAGUCAAAGAAUGGUACUCUUGGCACUUCCCCGAGUUGGCCAAGAUUGUCAGCGACAAUUACUUGUUUGCCAAAUUAGCUCUGGUUAUCAAGGAUAAGAACUCUUUAGUGAUUUCCUUGGAUGAAGAGGCCGAAUUGGAGGAGAAGAAGCACGAACUUGCUGCCAUUGUUAAGGAUGAUGAGGCUAUUGCCCAGCAAAUCCUCGACGCCGCUCGUAUCUCUAUGGGCCAAGAUAUCUCUGAAACCGAUAUGGAGAACGUCAUUACUUUUGCCGAAAGAGUUGUCAACAUCACUGAAUACAGAACCAAGCUGUUUGCUUACUUGACCGAAAAAAUGCAUACUGUAGCCCCCAACUUGUCGGAGCUCAUUGGUGAGGUGGUUGGAGCCCGUCUUAUUUCGCACGCCGGUUCUUUGACCAACUUGUCUAAAUACCCUGCUUCUACUGUUCAGAUUCUUGGUGCCGAGAAGGCGCUUUUCCGUGCACUUAAGACUAAGGGUAACACCCCUAAGUACGGACUUAUCUACCACUCGUCGUUCAUUGGCCGUGCUGGUAUGAAGAACAAGGGCCGAAUCUCGAGAUUCCUGGCCAAUAAGUGUACUAUUGCCUCGAGAAUCGACUCGUUUGCCGAGAACCCAUCGACCACGUUUGGUCAAAUCCUGAAACAACAGGUCGAGGAGAGACUCAACUUCUUCGACACUGGAGUUGCUCCCACCAAGAACGCCGAUGCCAUGAAGCAAGCCAUGGACAAGGUACUGGCAAACGUCAAGGUUGACGGCAUGGACAUCGAUAUCGACGACGAAGAAGACGACUCCGACAACGAGGCCGACCAGUCCACCGUGUCCGUUUCCUCCAAGAAAGAGAAGAAGGACAAGAAAGACAAGAAGGAAAAGAAGGACAAGAAGGAGAAGAAAGAAAAGAAAGAGAAGAAGGACAAAAAGAGAUCCAAGGACGACGAUGGCGAGUCUCCAAAAAAGAAGAAGAAGUCCAAGGCCUAA